CUUCUAUGCUCGGGAGUAGUUCUGCGUACCAAGUAUACUUGUGACAGAUGGAGCUCUUAGAGCGAUUCUUACCUUCUGGUUGUGCUGCCUUUUUGGGGGUGUGUGUGUGGGACCCGGUGCAUAAAUAAUGUGAUUGGGGGAAUAAAGUGAAAAAAAUGUUAAUUUUUUUUUUGUGUGUGUAAUGCCGCAAGUAUCAGCAAAUGAAGGAGAAUGUUAGAAGCUAUGGGCAAAGUAUACCAAAGAAAAGUGAGAUUUGUGUAAUAUGUUUGACUCAUAAAUAUUAGCCAUUUGUGAUCUCAUUCAGAAUACUCUCCUUUUGAAAUCUGUAGGUGUUGCGGUAUUCGUUUCUUACGCAGUUUUUAGUACAGGAGUUUCUGUUAACUUGCGUUUCAGACUUGGAUACUUCCACAUAUAUUUCAGUUAGGGUUUGUCUGUGUUUGUAAUGUGUCUGUAGAGAUAAAACUUGGGAGGAGAAGAAGGGAAUAAUUCUUAAUUACUUUUUGAUCAUUCUUGUAGGGCGGAGGGUUAAUGAAGAUAGAUUUAAAAAUGGAAAAAACAUACUUUGGUUAGGUGGGCGCUCUAAGAUAUUGCACCCCAUGACUUCGGUUGUCUGUAACCUUGGCUUUUUUUUGCUGGUUAGCUUAGAUAGGAGGAGUCCUGUGCAAAACUGUAUCUUUUUUGUUUCUAGUUAGCUUUAAUAAUUGGUAAUCGGCUCUGGUUUUCGAGUAAUAAUAUCACUAAAGUAUUUAAUUAAUUGCUGAACUCAUUAGCAUUAGGAAAUAGUUGUCUUUGCGACCACCAUUACAUAGAGUAGGUUCAUCAGAAAUCUUACAGAGCAAUGUAAGACUGCUGCUCAUCCAGAACAAGGAUUGGCUUUGUUUACAUCAGCCUUGAGGAGCUACUGAUGUUAGAGCCACUUCUUUCCGAGAGACACGGACUGAGCAACAUUCGGUGGAAGAAAUGCUGGGGAGUUCCUUCCUUUGGGAGAGGAUGGGCAGAGCUCGGUGCCUCAGCCCAGUUCGGCAGCUGGAGCCCUUGGUGCGGAGGCAGAAGGGCGCAUCGUGCCCGCGAGCUCGGAGCGAUGGCUGUGUCUGGAAAACUCUGUGAGCCUGCUCGGUGUUUGGUGUUGCACUCACAAACCUUCUCCGAGCUGUUUGCUAAACUUGGGUCGCUUUCCUCCUCUUCAAACAGCGCAGAUGGCUCCUCUUCCCCUCCUCUGGAACCCAUGUGGUGAUUUACUCUUCCGACUCCAUUUUUAGCUACAAAUACACCUGGCAGUGUCUGAUGUGGCUAGAGUGGACAGUUCACCAUCGCUUUGCUUUUUAAGUGUGCAUUCAAGUUCAGUCCUUCAUUGUGAUUCAGGCAUCUGUACCUGUUUCCCUGCCCUUCCAGCAUCUCUCAUUUCAGAGGCCCUGCUGCUCUGUAAUUAGUAGCAUUCUUGGGAGGAGCGCUCAGAAGUGGGUACUUGAUCUUGAGGAGCUUUUCUGGAAGAAUUCUUUGGUUGCGUAUCUUGAGUUUGAGCAUGUUUUAAAGGGAACUUUUCUGGGUAUUUCCACUGUGCGUUUGAUAUUUCUGUCAGGCGAGUCUGGUGCUGCAGGAAGCUGAGCUGCCUAUUUCACAGGCCUCGAAGCUUUAUUUACAUGAUUCUGAAAACAGAUAAGGCAGCAGCAGCAAUGGAAACUUUAUCAGUGCUGACCUAGAGAAAUCUUGAAAGUCUUAUUUUCUAUUUUAACUUCUUACCAGUCUGGUAGCUAGUUAUUGUUAUUGCAGGUUCUAAACACAGGCCGUGUCUGAAAUGGCUAAAAACUGCCUGAGCAACUGUGGAGGAUGAAAUCUAUUUCAUCCUGUCGUGUGGCUUCAUCCUGGUAACACGCUUGGGUUGCAGGGUUUUUUGUGGGCUUUGCCUGUGUCUGGUGUUCCUGGGAUCCGGCUCUCUGGGGUGGGAUGUCACUGCAUCAUCUCAGGCUCUCAUUACUGCUCGGUGUGCAGCUCCUCUGGGUAUUCUCUCCUCUGCAGAGGCGCUUUGGGAUUGCUGCCCAGAUUUUCUCAGAAUGUGCUGAUACAAAUGUGGUUAGGCAGGCUUGUAGGUGUGGGCUUGCAAACACGGGCUGUGAUGGCAAAAAAACCUGCUGAAUAACUGGUUAAUAAACCAAACCUUGAACUGGUCAGAGACUGGGGAGCCAGAGAGGACCUUGGAGCAGUUUGGUUUGUUGAGUCAACCUAGAUUUUCUUCUCAAGAUUUUAAUUAAAGGUAUUAUUAAUUAUAUUUUAAUUUUAAUGAAUUAGCUUGCUGUCUUUCAGGUACCCAGCUAAGCUGUGAUCUCAAAACCACGCAGCCCCUCUUAGUGUGACUGGGUUUGAGCUGAUCGUGUGCAGGCAGAGCGUGGAUCCCAUAGGAAUGCACAGAAGGACGGAUUUUGCUGCAUACCUGGUGGAUUUGUUAACCUUUGUUAACACGUGCUAGUCCCCGAGUUCAGUUCCUUUGUCUUACCUGCUCAUUAUGAAAAAGAAAAGCCACAGGAUGUUUUACAGGCUACCAAUAAAUAAUAUAAUGCGCUUGCUAUGUAAUUGAGAGUGGGCUGAAAUUGUUAAUAGUGUAUAAAUGUACUUGAGAAAUAAAUCUUUAAGGAAAACUUUAUCUUCACAGCUCUGUAACAUGUAUCUUCAUUUCCUGGAUUGGUUUUCUUUCCCCUCAUAUAAAAAUUGCUAGAAUUAGUGAAAAGUUGGAAAUUAAGAUUAUUUUUCUAUUCUUUGCAGUUAACCGUACGUAGUUGCUUUUGUCCAUUUUUAAUAUGCCUUUACUGUGAAUUCAUGUUCACCGAAGUCUCUGUGAGCAGAGAAGAGUUUGACCUAAUUUAUUUUGCAGUAACAUUUGCUUUUGCAAAACACGUGCUGUAUUUGUUUGGAAUGGUUAACCUUAGCUGUGCCACAGUUCACAGCUAAAUGAGUCUUGGAUGCGUAGGAAUGUAGGAAUUACUGUGUUUUCUAGGUAGAAAUACCAGUUCUUCAGGCACACCACUGCAGCAGUUGUAUAGCAAUCCAAAUUGUUAGACCAGAUGGGGAAAAAAAAAAGGGAAAAAAUGAGGAGAAAAAAAAUAAGGAGAAAAAAAAAUGUUGUUUGUUUGUGUUAACUGCUUACACAGCAAGAUCAGGCUGUCUGUUUGCUGACUGACUCUCUAAACCUUUAAAUGGAAGGCUGAACACUCUCUGGUUAUUAUUUGAAAUUCCUGAGCUACUCGGGUGGUGUAGGGUGAGCAUUACUGGGAGCAGUGACUGGGUGCCAGUGCCGGUGUUGCUGUGCACGUCUGCAGCGUUCCAGGGCUUUGUUCCUGCUCCUGGUAUCUCGCUGGAUCUGUCCUUCUCAGCAGAAAUCUUUGAUUGCUGUCCUUGUUGGCCGGUUUAAAUUGUAUGGGAGCAAGGCAGUCUUUUCCUUUCCUUGGCACUGUCUGCGAGGGAGAGAGCCCUUUUGAUGGAUUGGUGACUCACGUACUCUGAGUUCUAGUCUGCUGCCAAUUCACAGAAAGGGAAGAGAAUGGCUGCAAAGGAGAAGUUGGAGGCAGUAUUAAACGUGGCCCUAAGGGUCCCCAGCAUCAUGCUGUUGGAUGUCUUGUACAGAUGGGAUGUCAGCUCAUUCUUCCAGCAGAUCCAAAGAAGUAGUCUGCACAACAACCCUCUCUUCCAGUACAAGUACUUGGCCCUUAAUAUGCAUUAUGUGGGUUACAUCUUAAGUGUUGUGCUCCUAACUUUACCAAGACAACACCUGGUUCAGCUUUACCUGUACUUUCUGACUGCACUGCUGCUUUAUGCUGGGCACCAAAUUUCCAGGGAUUAUGUGAGGAGCGAACUGGAAUCAGGCUAUGAAGGACCAAUGUACCUGGAGCCUCUCUCCAUGAACCGUUUCAUGACUGCUUUAGUAGGGCAGCUGGUGGUGUGCACGCUCUGCUCCUGCGUCAUGAAGACCAAGCAGAUCUGGCUCUUCUCCGCGCACAUGCUCCCUCUGCUGGCUCGGCUCUGCCUCGUCCCGCUCGAGACCAUCGUCAUCAUCAACAAAUUCGCCAUGAUUUUCACCGGCUUGGAAGUUCUUUACUUCCUGGCGUCAAAUCUUCUGGUGCCCUAUAACUUGGCAAAGUCUGCGUACAGAGAGCUGGUCCAGGUGGUGGAGGUGUAUGGGCUCCUGGCACUGGGAAUGUCUCUGUGGAACCAGCUGGUGGUCCCGGUGCUUUUCAUGGUGUUCUGGCUCGUCUUAUUUGCUCUUCAGAUCUAUUCCUAUUUCAGUACACGGGACCAGCCUGCCUCCAGAGAGAGGCUCCUCUUCCUCUUCUUGACCAGUAUUGCCGAAUGCUGUAGCACUCCGUACUCACUGCUGGGAUUGGUCUUCACAGUGUCCUUUGUUGCUCUGGGAGUUCUGACUCUCUGCAAGUUUUACUUGCAGGGUUACCGAGCGUUCAUGAACGAUCCUGCUAUGAACAGGGGGAUGACUGAAGGAGUCACACUCCUGAUCCUGGCUGUGCAGACAGGUUUGAUUGAGCUCCAAGUUGUGCAUCGGGCGUUCCUGCUCAGUAUUAUUCUUUUCAUUGUGGUGGCAUCCAUCCUUCAGUCCAUGCUGGAAAUUGCUGAUCCCAUUGUCUUGGCAUUGGGAGCCUCAAGGGACAAGAGUCUGUGGAAGCACUUCCGAGCAGUCAGCCUCUGUCUGUUCUUACUCGUGUUCCCCGCGUACAUGGCCUACAUGAUUUGUCAGUUUUUCCACAUGGAUUUCUGGCUGUUGAUCAUUAUCUCCAGCAGUAUUCUAACCUCUCUUCAGGUGCUUGGGACCCUCUUCAUUUAUGUUCUGUUCAUGGUGGAGGAGUUCAGGAAGGAGCCAGUGGAGAACAUGGACGAUGUGAUCUACUACGUGAACGGCACCUACCGGCUGCUGGAGUUCCUGGUGGCUCUGUGUGUGGUGGCCUAUGGAGUGUCAGAAACCAUCUUUGGGGAGUGGACUGUCAUGGGCUCCGUCAUCAUCUUCAUCCACUCCUACUACAACGUGUGGCUGCGGGCCCAGCUGGGCUGGAAGAGUUUCCUCCUUCGCAGAGACGCUGUGAACAAGAUAAAAUCUCUGCCCGUGGCCACAAAGGAGCAGCUGGAGCAGCACAAUGACAUCUGUGCCAUCUGCUACCAGGAUAUGAAAACUGCUGUAAUCACUCCAUGUAGCCAUUUUUUUCAUGCGGGUUGUCUUAAGAAAUGGUUGUAUGUGCAAGAAACCUGCCCUCUGUGCCACUGCCAACUGAAGAGCCCUUCACAGCUCCCAGGACUGGGACCAGAGCCAGCGCAGCAGCCAAAUCCUAGUGCAGAGCAAAACUCCAGACCUGGAGAUGCAGCUGAGCCUGGUGCUGAAUGUGACCACAGGUCGAGUGUGAAGGACAGCCCGAGCAGGGGCCACGAUGGACACGACAGCCCCGAGGCCUCUGCCCACCCGGGGGGGUCUGGCAGCAUGGACAGUGACACGAGCCCCUGCGAGGCCAGCCAGGGAGCAGCCUGUGCUGCAGAACUCAUUGCAGCCCCAGAGGGCUGCUCUGCUCCAGAUCUGAGGGUUUGUGUCCAGCUCUGAGGCUACAGAGGAUGACGUGGGAACAAACACAUUUCAGAGAUCCACGUUUGACUCAGAAGAAAACCAAUCCUUCCACAGCUGUGAAAGAAGCGUAGCUCUUAAUGCUGGUCAAAAUGUAAUCUCCCAUGCUGAUCUUUACGGGCUGCUUGGUAGUGGUAACUCCAGUGAGAUGUAGUAGAAAUGACUCCAGAAGCUCUCUGAACUGUGGGCAUAGGAAGGAUGUCUGGGAAUAAAUAGCAGUGCUAGAGUGUUUUCAAGAUGUAGGCGAGGGGUGAGAGGAGUGAGGGGUCUGUGAGACGUUGUGGCCGGAGGGACAGGAGGCUGCCUUGGUUUUGGUCAGGGAGAGGAGUUGCACAGAGCCGUGCCCCAGGUCCUGAGGGCGCUGCGGGCCGUGAGUUGCCGCUCUCUGGCAGAUGGGCAGCUCUGGUUGCUGACAUUUUUUAUGGCACGUGAGCAAAAAUCAAAGAUGUAACAGCGGUGAUUGUACCAGGAGGUGGAAGCACUCUUAAUACGUCGUGUGUAUGCUUUGGGUGUUCUUGGGGCAGUUGCAUUUGAAUUUAUGUAAUCUAUAGUGACUCUUGACUUUUAUGACAGAGUCGUCAAUAUUUUGAUGUAUAUGAAACCUUUGCUCAUAAUGGGCACAGUGUGGGCUGCAUGAAGUAAACUAAAGCUCUCAUGAACACUUUGCCUCCGCAGGAGGAAAGUGGGAUGAGUUUUAGGGCACGGAUAGAGGCCCUGCAGGACUGUGCUGUGCAAUGUUAACCCUUGCAGCUGAAUUAAAGCAGUAUUAAACUGGCGAUAUUUGCACUUUGGGAAUGAGUACAUUAUUGUGUAUGAUCAGACUCCGCAAAUGCCACUUUGAAAAGCUGUUAAUAGGUUUGCACCUUUUUUUCUUUGACAAGGACAUGUCCAUACUUAAAUUUUUACAUUCAUCAUGGCUUCAAGUAGAACAAGGGACUGGGGUGGGGAAAUAGGCGGGAGUAGGGGGCAGACAAUUUUUUUAUGUGAAUUUUGAUAUGAAGAGAAAUUAGUCACUUAUUUAUACGAUAGGCUUGACUCAAGUGUUUUUCAAAGUCGGUAUUCCUAAUGUGAAAUGUGAUACUAUUUUAUUUUUAGUAGUAAAUUUGGAUGUAGACUGACAGACAUAGCUGAAUGUCUUAAUAAAUUACAUUUGAAGAUUUU